CCUUCAUCCAAAUACACAGCCAAAAGAAAGGAGAGAAAAAAAAAAGGGAAAAGGAAAACCUAAACUCUGUCCUCCGAUCUCCCCUCGCCUCCGUAGAUCUCACUUCACCGGCGACCUCCCCACCUCCUCCGCCACCAUUUUCCGACUUCCAGUCACUGAGUCCUCAAACAGAAGCCAGCUCUCUACUCAAAUUUCAACUCAGUAGUCAAUUCCCCUGAGACACUCAAGCUUCCAGCUCCUCUCUACUCCCAAGUUCAAUUCCGUCGAAUCAAUGAAUGCAUCUCCGGACUGAGUCAGAUCGAUCGGAAAUGGCUUCGAUCCGCCGCACGCUCUCCCCGGCGCACCACGACCGUUCUCCCUUCCAGAACGGCAACGCCGCCUUCAACUCUACCUCCUCCCCGCUCUCCGUCUCCAGCAAUGCUAAUAAAUACUCUUCCUCCUUCUCCGCCGCGCCCUCCGCUUACCUCGGUCGACUCCUCGCCGCCGCCUUCCCCCACAGACGCAAAGGAGGCUUCGGUAGAUCCUUGUACAGGUGCUUGCUCUUCUUCGUUUUAGGUUGCGUGUUAGGUGUCUUCCCGUUUGGCCAGGUCGAUAACGAUAUCCAAGGCCAGGAUUUCUCGUUCGAGAUCAAGCCGACUCAUGUCAACGUCAGAUUGGACGAAGAUAUUGAUAAGAGGAGCAUCAUACUCGACGACGACUCCCCCAUUAAGACGGUCAAUUUGGGCCUUGAUGCUCAGGUUUCCGGAGAUGAUCCCUCCCGCUUCGAUUUUCUGCCGAGGAAGCAACUCAUCGUUGUCACUCCGACGUAUAACCGUGCCUCUCAGGGUUAUUUUUUGAGUAGGUUAGGCCAAGUCCUGCGAUUGGUGCGGCCUCCACUGUUGUGGAUUGUGGUCGAGAGCGAUGCUGCUUCCAUGGAGACUGCGGAGAUAUUGAGGAAAACUAGCGUCAUGUAUAGGCAUUUAGUGUGCACCAAGAACUUGACGAAUGUGAAGGAUAGAGGUGUUCACCAGAGGAAUGUAGCUCUUGAGCAUAUUGAGAGGCAUAAGCUAGAUGGGAUUGUUUACUUCGCCGAUGAUGAUAAUGUGUAUACCCUUGAAUUGUUCGAGAGGCUAAGAGAAAUCAGCCGAUUUGGCACUUGGCCUGUGGCAAUGCUUGCGCAAAGUAAGAACAAAGCAAUCCUUGAAGGCCCAGUGUGCAACGGAACUCAGGUGAUCGGUUGGCAUACAAAUGAGAAAAGCAAACGACUCCGAAGAUUUCAUGUCGAUAUGUCGGGAUUUGCUUUCAACACAACCAUCUUGUGGGAUCCGAAGAGGUGGCAGCGUCCUUUUAAAAACCCGAUCAGGCAAUUAGAUUCAGUGAAGGAAGGGUUCCAGGAGACCACAUUCAUAGAGCAAGUGGUGGAGGACGAAAGCCAAAUGGAAUCGGUGCCUUCUGGUUGUUCAAAGAUACUUAACUGGCACCUCCAUUUAGAUUUCGGUGGUACCAAAUACCCGGAAGGCUGGCUUCUCCAAAAGAACCUCGAUGUCAUUCUCCCAAUCUAAGGGGACAGAGUUCUGGACAUGCAGUUUUGAUGCCCAAAUAGGUAGAUAUCCCUUGUUCAAGCGAGGAGGGAGUUGCUCUUCUGUCGACCUCUUUUCAGUACUUGUCAGUGUUGAAUAUAUAGCAGGGCUGGUCAGGGCAUCCAUCGUAAAGGGAGGGGAUCCUCAGCUUCUUGUGUCGAAAAAAGAACAAAUACCAGAGCAUAGAGACUGGAGAGAGUUUUAUUUUUUGGGUUAGCAGAAAUUUUGCAUUUGUUGGCGUUUGGGACUAUUUUUUUCUCCAUUGGUUUGAAGCUUUGGGGCACCUCUGCCCUCCAGGCGUUGUCAGAGUAAGAAUUGUACUUCAGGUCAGGAUUCGUGUACGCUGACAUGUGGCCUUUCUGGAGGCCUCUCCUUCUUCCUCCUCCUCGGGAAGAAAGGUUUGGAAUUAGCUCUUGUCCUGGUCGUGGAACCUCAAUACUUCAUCCCAUCUCCUCGUACCAGUUGCAAACUUAUUUGUCUGCGAACUUGUCGUCUAUAUUGUUGGCCAAUUUUUCGGCCUUUUUCUAUCUUGCAUUGCUCUCUCAGCCGUAUAAUUAAUUAUCAUGUCAUGUCGUCACUGGAGCUGCCUGGUGAACCGGAGACAAGUAAUACAACAAUGCAACAGAACAAAUUAAUCCAAUUUAUUUCCUACAGUUUGCAGUUCUGGUCUCGAUUUGGCAGGAAGAUUAACUUGGAUGAAUCAGCGGCAGAAUCAGCUUCCUCAAGCCCAAUUUCUCUAUUUGAGCCACCGAUUCUCGAUGUCCAUCGGGAACACCGAUUCUCGAUGACAACCCAGAAAUCAGUUCCUAUGACCGGCUAGUUCCCUUAGUUUCAUAGGUUGGCAAACCUAGAGGUUGUUUGAUGGUGUAACAAUUGAUGUUUGGUUUAUAUAUGCUGAUUUGAC